AUGGGUCUGAAGUGGAUCAGUAACGGGCAUUACGGCCUCUUAUUCUUUGCCCCACUAGCUCUUGGCUCCCUUUCAUACGCCAUACACCGCUCCCUCGGGUCAAAGCCAGACUAUUUUAGGAGCGGUGGAAGCUGGGCUUUUAGCGCUUAUACACUGAGCUGCAUCGAUAACGCUAUUCCGUCAGGUCUCUGCUGCGCCGUCAAUUGCCGCGUAUUAAAACUUGCCGGUUGGCCUGCAGGAACGUAUGCGGGUUCCGCCCAGUCAGGCCAAUCUCUUCUAAAUUCACACACAUCGAGUCCACCGGUGAGCGGGAUGUCGGUCAGAACAUUGCUUUCGCGACUGACCACGAGAAUCCUUUCAAAAGCGCCGCAGCGGCCCGGGCUGCUUAUGGAAUUUCUCUUAUCGUCGACCCUUCAAGAAUGUAACGGUAACAACGGCUAUAGCGGCGCCUCCCGAGCCACGUUUCCCAAGGAAAUGUUUGUGCCGCAUUGCCAGCCUUGUCUCAGUGGCUCACGUUCCGGUGGUUUGACCUAUGGCCCGGACGAGGCAGCAGCGAGGCUAGUCUUCUAUCUUUACCUAGGUAUGGUUGUAUUCGGAUGUCACACAAAGAAGGUAGUCAUCUGCAACCAGCUUCUGCGGGAGGGUUGCAGUAGCAAUUAUGACAUCUCCAUCCUUAUCAUCGCCUACGAAAUCAGCAACCAGUAA